GGAAGUAGCUGUUGUUGUAAACCAGUGGGGAACCUUUUUUAAUCAAUUUAAACCUUUUUAGUUCAAACUGACUCAAAUAAAACCUAGGAAAUAUAAUUUUAGGAUAUAAGCCACCUCAAUACUUUUGUACUGAAGUUUAUACGACAUAUCCGUUAUUUAAUUUCACCAACGUCGUCUUUUAACGUUACUAGCUAGCUUAGCCUACUACUGUAUGGUUACCAAAUCUACCUAGAAGCAAUUUAGAUAGUUCCCCUAAUAAGUGUCAUUGUUAUUAAAUAUUAUUUUUCAAGGCCGACAUUGACCGUCCUCGUAUGUAAAGAUGGAUGUAUCGACUUGUUUGAAGUCUCUGCUGUUGGCCAUUCGACAGUACAGAAAUAACAGAAGCGCUUUAAAUGCAUCACAGCUGCAAAAACACAUUGAAGACAUUUCUGGGCUGAAAUGUUCUGGAGUGCUGUUCUCAGGUCAGGUGCUGCCCAGCGAGUGUCUCAGUGGACUCAUGGAAGUAGCAGGAGACCCCAACACCAGUCACGCUCUGACCGGGACAAUUAUAUCCCUGCUGGCACAAUUUGCUUCUGAUGGUGAGACCAAAGAGGCUCUUCACAGCAGCUACAACUUCACUGGAACUCUAGCAGCUAUAAUUCACUGCAACAGAACCACACCAGAAGAGCCUCUUGUGCUGCAGUGCCUCAAUGUCCUGCAGCGACUGACUUACAACGUGAGGACUCUGCAUUGCGCCUCUCACAUCCACGAACUCAUCAGCUUCUUAAUGCAACACGUGCAGUCCAGUAAUGAUGACAUUGUAAAGGCCUGUCUGGGCCUAAUGGCCAACCUCUGUCGACAUGACGUAACAGUGCAGACACACAUCAAAUCACAGAGUAAUGUGAAGGCUUUCUACAGAGCUUUGAUUAAUUUCCUGGGUCAUAACUGUCUGACUGUUGUCGUCUUUGCGCUGUCCAUUUUAUCAAGUUUGACUCUUAACGAAGAGGUUGGGCAGAAGCUCUUUAAUGCAAAGAACAUUCAUCAGACUUUCCAGCUAAUUUUUAAUAUCACGGUCAACGGAGAUGGCACGUUAACCAGGAAUUAUGCUGUGGACUUGUUAGUGGAUCUCCUGAAGAACCCCAAAAUUGCUGAUUACUUGACUAAGUAUAAACACCUCUCGGUUUGUCUGUCUGAGGUUCUUGGGCUGUUGCACAGCAAAGAUCCUGAUACUGCAUCAAAGGUUAUGGAGCUGCUGGUGUCUCUGUGCUCAGUUCCUGUUUUGCGUAAACUGGUCUGCGAGACUGUGCUGCGACCUCCAGCCCCACGACUGCAGCCUGGAACUAGAAAAGGUGUUCAGGCUCGAGGGUCUGAGCCAAGUUUAGCACUCGUUCACUGGGUCACAUCACCUCUGGAUGGUCCGGAGCAGUGCUACAUGCAGGCUCUGUCCCUGCUAGCUGAGCUGUUUGAAGAGGCGAUUGGUUCCUCUCUGUGCAGCUCAGCGCAGUCAUUCGUGGAGCUGCUUCUGCAGGAGGUGUUGGUUUUGCUGCAGUCUCCAGACUCCACAGAAGGAGACCAGCUGCUUAAAAAACACUGUCUACGAGCAGGCCGUGUCGUUGACUUUCUGCUUGUGCUUUGUGGCGAUGAUGCUCUGAGGAUGCUGGUGUCUCAGCGGCUCGGCCCUGAGGUGUGUGUCUCGCAGGUGGAGCUUCUGCUUUCCUGCAGUCAAGACCUCACCGGAUCCACCUGCUCCACCUCCAGCUACCAGCUCAGUCAGCUGUGUGCUGAGGUGGUGUUAAAAACUCUAGAGCUGAUGAGCCAUCUCAGACAGACCAUGCCAGACAUGGAGACAUCCUUCUACAGGAUCCUACAGGACCAGCGCAUGGUGACUCCUCUGUCUUUGGCUCUGACCUCUAACUGCAGAGAACAUGUUCAGAUAGCACUUCGCAUAUUAUUUGAAGCGGCCCCUCUGCCUGACUUCCCUUCUGUCAUUCUGGGUGACAGUAUUGCUGCCAAUAACGCUUAUCGUCAGAGGGACGGCGGGCUGUCCAUCAGGAGCAGCUCUGCUAGUGAAGACGCAUCCUUCAUUAGCAAGAGUUUUCCUAUGAUGCACACCGAACCCUCUGGUUCUGCCUCCCACAGCAUCGACAGCCUCAUCGAGAAGCUUCAGAACGGCGUGGAGUUACAGGAGAAAGUUAAAGAUGUGCACAUGUCAGAGAUCAUUGAUGUAUAUGAGCAGAAGCUGUCUGCCUUAGCGAGUAAAGAAAGCCGUCUGCAGGACCUUUUGGAGGCCAAAGCGCUCGCUCUGUCACAGGCAGACCGGCUCAUUGCUCAAUACCGCUGUCAGAGAGCUCAGGCGGAAGCUGAGGCACGUAAACUGGCAUCGCUGCUGAAAGACACAGAGCGGAGGAAAGAGGAUCUGCAGGCCGAGUUGAACGAUCAGCUGCUGGAGGUUGAGAGACUGAAGUCUGACAGCCAGCAGCUCCUGCAACACAAUAGCCGUUUGCAGGCAGUUGCUGACCAGCAUCAGGAGCUCAAGGGUACCUAUAACCAGCUGCUCAGUAGGUAUGACAAGAGUGAAGGGACACUGAAGGAACUGCAGGCUGCUCAUAUCUCUAUUACCCAGCAGGCAGAGGGUCUGAGAAAGACCAAUGAGGGAUUAAGACUCCAACAGGAGCGGACUCUUGCUGAGUUGGCAGAAAAAGAACAGCAUAUAAAGGACCUAAAAGCGGAUGUGCUGGAAAAAGACAGCAAUAUUACAGGUCUUCAGAAUGAGCUGAGGAGACAAGAAGAGCAGAUCAAGGAGAUGGAGGAGAAUAUUUCCAUCCUCAGGAAAGAGCUCAAUAAGACCGAGCAAGCCAGAAAGGACACCAGCAUCAAGGCUUCAUCUCUGGAGCUGCAGAAAUCCCAGCUAGAGGCCAAACUGGAGAAGAUAGAGGAAGAACUGGGCAAACACACUCAAAUGAUCGCCAUGAUUCACAGUCUCAGCAGCGGCAAACUCAAAGGCGAUGUCACUGCCAACCUUUCUCUGUGACAUGCUUUUAAAUCAUGAAAUACUCCACAUGCUCAAUGAAAUGAACAUAAUUUAUUAUAUCUGUAUGUUUUGUCACUGUUCUUCUGUACACUUUCUUAUAUAUGGCUACGAAUGAAUGAUUAAAUAUCUGUCAAACAUAGAAUAUUAAUGUCACGUUUUUGUUUACUUCCAUAUCUGAUGCUUUCAGAUUGAAAUGACAUUUUUUAAUUACAUGAUGUGUCCACCAGAGGGCACCAUACAACUAUUUGAACUUUUUCCUUUUUAUUUUUCAAUAAACAAGAACGUUUUCAUAUUUUAA